AAACCGCGCUGUCCGUGAACCACAUCCUAGAUUCGCCUCUGCUCCGGCGCUCAUGAGGACCGUCACCUCUUCCUCAAGCUAAAGCUCUUACUCCAAACUAUUUUUAAAACCCAAAUUUCACAAAAUGCUGCCUUUUACGCGAACUUUCGAGCCGGAGAAGCGCCAGUUGCAGGAGCUUAACUGCAGAUUGGCUCAAUAUUUAAACCGGACUAAGCAACUGGAGCAAGAAAACGCGAGUCUAAUUAGAGAAAUAAGCGAGCUGAGGCAGGCUAAGAGCGCGCAGUGGGAGCCCCAGUACAAAGCGGAGAUGCGGGACCUGAGGCGCACGAUGGAGCGGCUGUCGUUGGAGCGGUCCCAGGCGGAGAUGGAGAGGGAGAAGAUAUGGCGAGAGUUGCAGACGGUCCAGGCACUUUGCAGCGAGCAGACGGGCGUCUGCAGGGACAUCAGCGGGGAGCUCCGGGGAUGCGAGAAAGAGCUGACAAUGGCCCACAAAACCAACGGGGAACUGCAACAGAAACUGGUCCAGCUACAGGAGGAGUGCAGGCGCUUGGAAGAGGCGCACAAGCAGGAGAUACUGCGACUCAGGCAUCAGGUGGAGACCCGGAUGACCCCCUCUCAUUAUAUGAGAAUCCAAAGUUCCCAUGGGCCCCUGCUCCCUCCCGUUACUGUGGAGGACGUCCAGGACUACGCCUUUGGGCUCUCUGAGGGCUGGGUCAAGACCUUUGAUAUGUACCAGCAGAAGGUGGAGGAGAUGGAGAAGGCCAUCAGGGAGGACCAGGCUCGCAUGUGUGACCUCCAGAGGGAGAAGGAGAUGUACGCCACCCAGCUGGAGAGGAUCCGAGCCCAGGCCGAGCACCAGGGACAGGAGCAGAUGAGGCUGGAGCAGGAGAUGGUCAGCAUGCAGGAGAAGUUCCACCUGGACUGUGAAGAGUAUCAGAUGGUGAUCGAUCAGCUGCAGAGAGAGAGAGACCUGAUGGCCCACAACAUGGAGCAGAAGAUGGUAGAACAUCAGCAGCUCCUGCAGCUCAAGAUGGACCUGGGUCUGGAGCUGGCUGCAUACAGGGCGCUUUUGGAGGGGGAGAGGGUCAAUCUGGAGGAGUCUCACAGGAGGGCAAACCAGUCAAGAGAAAGAGUCAUAGAAAUCAAGAUGCCCCCUCAGCCUUACUCUCCCAGAACCCCCUCCUCGUCCACCCGGCUGCAUACCGACUUCAGGCCCUCCCCAGCGGCUUCCUCUUACAGAAGACCCCCUGUGCCUAGACCCAGCUCUGGAGCCAUUAGCCCCUCUAGGAUCGUCCCCAUUUCAGUCACCCGCAACCAGAGUCCCGCAGCCAGGAGGGACAUGAUCUCCUUCACCAAAGCAAGGGCUGCCCAGUCUUCCACCUCCACCACACCAUAUACCACCAAAAACAUCCAACCUGAAGAAAUAACUGGGCCAAAAGUAUCUAUACCCACCCACCAAAGUUCAAAAACCCAUACAGAAACAAAAGUGACGGCAAGCAAAAGGAAUGUAUCAGAGAGCAGAGAAGAAAGAAAGGCAUUUGACAAUAGCUUGACAAAUGGUGGGUCAAUGCAACCAAGCACCAAGAAGAUACUGGACACUGUGUCUGUUGAGGAGAUGAUUGAGAAGGCCAUCAAACCAGAAGGCUCUGAAGCACCUGGAGAAACCAAAGUCCGCUAUCAUGUCGAGAAGACCCAGGAAGAAGACGGAACUAUGAAAACGCGAAUUGUUUUAGAAUCGAAGGUUGAAGAAGAGCUGGAUGUGUCGAAGGAUUCUGAUUUAGAGGAAUUGCUGCACCAAGGAACUAAGAAGAUGUCUCUGGAAGACAUCAAGGAUACAGCCACAGCAAGUAUGAUCAAGAAUUUGCUAAGUGGGAUGAAGGGAGGAGAGGAUUUGGGGAACAAGUCGAUCAACGUUGAAAUUAUCGAAGAACCAGUGGAGGGUCUAAGCGAUGACGAGGAGGAACCUGAGAUCAAGAAGUUACAGACAAGUUAUCAAGAGCAAGUAUCGACGUAUUUUCAAAUCGAGGAGUUGGAAAAUGCGCCAACUAAAGCCACCAAUGAACAAUGGAAAGAAGGAUUGGGUCAAGUCGAGGAGGUUUCAAGAGAAAGUGAUUCGUCCUUCAUGUCACAGGAUAAGGAACAUCGGGAAUAUUUUGUCUCCACUCCAGAUGAAUUUUCUGAGCCAGAGGAAGGUGGCGGGAUAACGUCAUACGGCCACUAUGGAAUUGUGGAUGAUCUUUCUGAUGAGAGAUAUUACCAAGACGAGCUGCUCCCACUUAGAGCUACUCCCGAUGAGGGCAAAGAGUACAAGUACAUGACAGGUGACCGCCCGUCGUUUAAGGAAGGGUUUCCGGAAUGCAUCAUCGAGGAAGAGGUUCGUGUUUCACCAGUCGUGCAAAGUUCCGUUCUGGAAUUUCUUCGCGAGGACUCGUUGGAACCGAAAGAGCAGCUGAAAGGAGCUCUGGAGCAGCUACAGGAAUCCGUGUCUGGCCCUUUGAAGGAGGAGCUCGCCUACCUGACCAAACUCAGCCGUGAGAGCCCAGACAAAGUAGAUGUCCGCAAGGUUUCCCAGUCCAGCGAUGACGGCACCAUGACCAUUGUAGCGGAACUCAACGUCUCUCAAACCUUGGAGGAGUCCGGUUUGCUGGACGAAAGCGGAGAUCUUUCUGAUGAGCAUAUCAUGGCGGCGUUGAGAGGAGCAGGUCUGGAGAAGGCGUUCCAGAGCGGAGCCGGCGGAGGGUACAGCAUCAAGGUGUCGACGGAGGAGGAGGAGCACGGAUUUGGAGACAUCUCCGAGAAGGACAUCAUGGAGAAGCUGAUGAGAGGAGAGAUGUCCCACAGCUAUGAAGUUCAGGGAGGUUCAGAGGACGAGGCGGCUGGAGGCGUUGUGAAGGAGCAGAGGAUUGUGUAUCUGGAAAGUCCAUCAGAUGAUUAGGACACUAUGGGUUUGAGAUAGCACUUAGAGGAGAAGUAAUGCUUGUGAGAAAAUGUUAACUUUCGUACAUUGUUUUUUUGAGCUAGAGUGAUGUACACUUUAAAGGCGCACUAUGUAACAUUUCUAGUGGAGGGUUUGCCACAUGCUUGUCUCUAUCUAUGGAGAUCUUAUUGCUUUGCCUGGAAAGUUCCACAGUACCUAUUUAUCUUCAGGGACACAAACAAGUGAUCCCCACUAAGUCAGACUACAGGUUUGAUCUGCGAAAAGCUGAUACCCCUCACAGUAGGAAUGCACGUUUUAUAUGGUAUUUUUGAGCAAUAAAAGCAUCUGUAAUGGAAUAAAGGCGGGUGGCGUAGCCUUCACCAGAAAAUUUUCAUAGUGCACCUUUAAUUUUGCUUCACGUUAUAGUAAAAAAGUGAUCCUUCAUAGAUUGAUUAUUGCAAUAAUUUACUAGUCAGUGGUCUGUGUGUCAGAGUCGGAAAGUGACGCGAACAAAAAGGUGAUAUUAUGGUGAAAUUCUAAAAAAAAGUCUAAAAGCUCAUUAGUAAAACUGGCAUAUUUAAGAUAACAGCUAAAAUAACAGCAUUUUUUCAUCUGGUUAUGCUGAAAUGACAGUUAUUAAUUUGAUGAUAUACUGUGCAGCCCUAAUUUAUAACUACAUGGUUAUUAAUGGGACAUCCUCUAAAAUAUGUGAGUGCUUUUUAAAUCAAAAGCAGACAUUUUUCAAAUAUUGUGCACUAAACCCCCUUUUGCAAAAUAUUAAUUAUUAUUUUAAUUGCAAAAAAAGCAAAUUUGUCAGCUACACUGUCAAAAAUCUUUCUCUUAAAAAUAAUAGAUUUAAGUCAUAAAGUGCAAGAAAAGGGCAGUUGGAUGAGUAAGAAUUAAAAACUAUUAUAGCUUUUACACUGGUGUUUUACUAAUGCUCUGAAUUUGAAUUGACUUUGGCUACUCUUGUGGUGGAGGUCUCUUUGGUUAUUGUUUUUCAUGGCGUUUUUUGAGCAACUGAAUCACUCAUAAUUGAAUCAGUGCAGCUGAGGUUCAUGAAAAGUUGCGUAGUACACCUUUGCUGUCAUAUUAUCUGCUGACAGCGCUAUACAGGGGUCUUAAACUUUACUUGUUUCUAGAUCUCAAAUAUAUUUUUGUACUAACCUGGUGUACAGCUUAACCGGCUCUUCCGUCUCUGUCAUGGCUGCCACGUUUUUGAUGCCUCACCUAAGCACUGUGCAGCACUUGUAACAUUGUUGAAAUGUUAUGCACUAUAUCCAUGUCUUAUUAUGAGUUUACUACAAUAUUUUAGACUCCCUGUAGUUAAACAUUGAGCUGGAGGACUGCUCAGAAUUAUAUGGUGGAAUUUGCUGUCAGAUUGCAGAUUUAUUGACCUGAUUUAUGGUUAAUAUCUUUGUAAUUACUGGGCCUAUCCACAUGAAACAACGACAGUAGCUUCAUUAUUCAACCCAAAGAUGUGAUUGUUGUCGGAUGAAUAGACGUUAAGCCAUAAGAUUAAUAUGAGAAGCUUGUGGAGUCAAUCCCAAACAAAUAGCCCAAUGAUGAUGAAACAUUUGUGGAUCAUAAGUUUGGGUAUUUCUUUCAAAAAUAGUGAGUCUUCCAACGAGUUAUAUAGGCCCCUGCCCUCCAUCAGAAAUCAUGACAUCAAAUUAUAACAACCUCUUUGAGUUCAAGUCAGUGCCGUUGGGGUCUUAAUAUCACUAACAAAGCUGGAUAGAACAAAAUGCAUGUUUUUAAAGUUCAUAGGUUUGGACAAAUGACUUCAUCUACUUUAUUAUCAUAUUGUCAAUGUGUAUUUUAUCAUCAGUGUCUCACAAGUUAAGCUUUGGAUGUCAGUACAGUAAUAUGUUCAUUUAUACAAUUGUUUACAAGAAAUCUGCUAAAUUAUUGGGUAUAUUCAGUAGUUCUUGACCAAACCAAAUACCAGAAAAUGAUAAUAAGCUUGUAAUUAAAAAUAGAGCAUAAUGUGAUCUUUCUGUAAUGUUUGUUUUAGUCAGAUAUUAAAGCCACAGUAUAUAACUUUCCCCCCCAAAAUUAACUAUAAUAAAAGCAUGUUUCUUCAUUAUGGAUGUUUUUAUUGCACUGAAAAACAGAAAAAAACAUGCAUCCUUAUCCUGGGCAGUCUUGCAUCUCCACAAACCUGACUCCUAUGUGACCUGGAGGAGGGCCUGCUCCUGCUUGUUGCCAUGGAUUUGUUCUUCCUUUAGUACAGUAUGGAAUAAAAACAUCUAUUUCCAUGGAGAAUGUUUCUAAAUACGGUAUGAUUUUAACUUUGUUUCGAUGGAAUCCUGAAGGUGACUUCCCACAUCUAGAAAGUUGCAUACUAUUGCUUUAACUUUGUCUGCUAAUAAAUAAAAACAAAUUGGCAUUAAACAAAAACGACAAAACUGAACCAAAACAACAUUUUUAAGAUAUUCAUUUUUAAUACCAUCUCUUGUUGAAUCUGUUCACGUGUGUUGUCAGUUGGGAGACUUGGCUUUGGUCUUGGACUGGCUCCGGCCUGGUUCCUGACCUGGACUAUUUCUGGCCUUGAGCUUAGAUGUGUUUGUGCCAAGACAGAUACGUGACUGCACUCUGCUCUCAUGGUGUACCCUUAAUCCAUUAUCGCCACUGUUCACUGUGUUCACUAUUCAAGAGAACGUCUGUAUGUCUGACACUGAUGUGCUCCUCUUCACAUGGACUGUCACGUUCAUCUGGAUGUAGAAUAUAUGCACACAAUGUACCACAAACUGUGCCAUUUCAGAAUGUCUUUAAUGAGAAUAAAACAUGAAUGUACACAA